AUAUAUGCCGCCAUUUUCUAUUAAAUAUUAUUUGACGCGAAGUUAUCGUAUGUGUAAGAUUAAAAUAAUAAAUAAUUUUAAAUUACAUUAUUAAAUAAAGAUGUUAAAUGUACAAAUAAGUACUGCUUCUGGGGUGAAACAAAUUCUUACUGUCGAAACUCCAUUUAAAAUUCAAGAAUUAUAUGAUUACAUUGAAGGAUUAACGGAAAACUUUUACAUUAUAUAUAAUGGAAAGCUCAUUCAUGAAAAUGCCAUUUGCUAUAAUGGUUAUAUUUCUAUUGUACCACGAUUAUUUGGUGGAAAAGGAGGAUUUGGUUCUAUGUUACGAGCAAUUGGUGCACAGAUUGAAAAAACUACAAAUCGUGAAGCUUGUAGAGAUUUAAGUGGACGUAGACUUCGCGAUAUUAAUGAAGAAAAAAGGUUAAAAGCUUGGAUCGAAAAACAAGGAAAACGAGAAGAGGAAGCCGCAGAACGUAAAAAGAAAAAAUUGGAAAGAUUAUGUGCUGAACCUAGACAUGAAUUUAAAGAUCAAACCUACGAACGUGAAAGGUCAGUUCUUACAGAAAGAGUUGGAGAUGCAGUUGAAGAAGGCUUUAAAGCUUCUACUUCUGGAAUAAAAAGAAAAUAUGAUGAAGAAUUUAAACCAAAUAAAAAGAAAAUUUUAUUAGAUAUAGAUAUUGAUUCAGAUGAAUUAGAUAGUUCUGAUGAAAGUGAUGAAGAUGAAAAAAUAUCUAUUGGAAUAAUUAAAAAUGCAGAAUUGUUAUCAAACGAUAGUGGACAUUCAAGUGAUGAAAAUGGACAAAUUACAAAAGAUAAAAAUGAAAUAAAAACGGGACAUUUAGAAAAUUUUGACAAUGAAAGUGAUAAUAAAAUUUUAAGUAUAGCUGAAGAUAAAAAAAAUGUUUAAAGAAAUUAAAA